ACAAAAUUGAAAGGACGACGAUGUUUUUAGUUCUUGUACUGACUUUCAUGUCUGUACCACAAGUCAAGACGGCUUCCUUGUUAACCAGUACUAACGAUCAGAACGCCACUGCUCUGAUAAACGAAGGAAAUGACGCAAAGGAUAUCGAUAUCCUCCGUCAGCUCGUCAAUCAAGAGACACUAAUACGGGUAUCCGUUGUCAAUGACGUCAGGACAGCUCUGGAUGACGUCAAUUCUGUGAAGAAAAACAUGGAAAUAUUACAAAGAAAGGUUGAUUCUCUGACUGAGGAGCAGAAAAGAGUAAACAGUAAUUGCCAGGAAAAGAUUCAGGACCUUGAAAAGAGGUUUUCUAAAAAAAUCGCCGAAAUUUACGAAGAUGUCAAACUCAAACAGGAUUGUAAGGACCACUAUACAGAGGGAAAAACACAGUCCGGUGUCUAUGAAAUUCAUCCGUUUGAAAACCAGACCCAAGUCAGCGUGUAUUGUGACAUGGAAACCGAGGGCAGUGGGUGGACAGCAAUUCAGAGACGUGUGGGCGGAUCUGUGAGAUUCAACAAAUCGUGGGCGGAGUACAAGACUGGGUUCGGGAAUCCUAACGACUCCUACUGGAUUGGAAACGACGUUAUUCAGCAGUUGACAAAGGGAAGAAACUCAUCUCUCUACGUCUCCAUCACAUUAAGAAAUGGCACAACUCUGUAUGAACUCUAUCAACAGUUUGCUAUUAGUGAUGAAUCAGGCAAAUACAAACUUUUCCUUGGCGGGCCAGCUACCGGGACAUUAGGAGACGCUAUGUUAGACACUGGGAAGUCUACGAGAGAUCUGUCUGGAAUGUUCUUCUCCACUCCAGACAGGGAUAAUGACGGAGCUAUGGGUCCGAACUGUGCCGCAGCUAAUGAAGGAGGCUGGUGGUUUAACUACUGCCACCUCGCCUACCUUAACGGUCCCUGGGCCCCGGCAAUGUGGGCCGCUCCAUGGUAUCCUAUAGUAGAGUACGGAUCCUCAGUAAGGGAGACCAGGAUGUUAAUUAAACUUCACUAGAUGCAGAUUAUACAGGAGGAAAGAAAGA